AUGGCUCCUACUACUUAUUAUCCUGAUGGAGAUGACGAGUACUGCUCCGGCAAGCCCGCUGGUGAAUACUGUGGUGCUAUUAACGGUCACAUGGCUCGAAUCCUUGUCAAGGAGCACGUCUUUUAUUUCAACUACGAGUCGAAGGUUAAUCUGAAGAACAUCCCUUUCCACAUACACAAUUGCAAGCAGUUUGAACCUGAUUAUUCGACUGGCGAGAUGGACCGUGUAGCUCGAGAGUUUGGCCUUAGUACGGAUCAGCUCCGUCAAGCACUAACUAUCACUUACAGUCUGCCCACCGAUAGCUUCCACCUAGAUUGGGAGUCUAACAUCUCGGUUACCAUGACUCAUGAUAUUUGUGGCGGUGGGAACGAGCAUGAUCAUACACCAGGUUAUCAUUAUGAUACAACAGGUCCUGACUUUGGUACCACAGACCAUGAUUUCUAUCCUCCCACGAUGACUCCUCAUUCGGGAGGCGAUGAUGUGUACUGUCCGGGUCUGCCUGCUGGCGAAUACUGUGGCAACAUCAAUGGCGAUAUGGCUCGAAUCCUUAUUGAAGAACACGUGUUUUACUUCAACUACAAGUCCGAGGUUGACCUCAAGAACGUACCCUUCCAUCUGUACAAUUGUGAGGACUUCGAGCCUGAUUACUCGAGUGGGCAGAUGGAUCGUUUAGCCCGAGAAUUUGGUCUUACUACAGAUCAGCUCCGUCAGGUACUUACUAUCACUUAUAGUCGCUCUAGUGAUAGCUUCCACUUGGAAUGGGCGCCAAGUGUCUCAAUGAACAUGUCUCACGAUGCUUGUGAGCCCGAGAAUGGUCAUGAUCAUCACGGUUACUAA